GCUAUCUCAGUGCAAACCGGACCAUUCAUACAGUCUCAUGUCAAGUUACAUCGUGUCUUGUGCUAAGUGAAUUAUUUAAUUUAUAAACCAAUGACAUAAGCGGCAGAAUGAUUGUCAAAUGUUUACUUUUGAUGGCCGGUCUGUCCGUAUCGUCAGCCGGCAUCCAAGGACUGUUCCCAGCGCUGGGCCGCGUCAGUUACCUGCUGAAGGGCGAGGUGGUCACCGGCACUGACGCCGCCGCCUCCCACUGGAGCGUGGAGGGGAGGAUCAGCCUCACCGUGUAUGACAACUUCACCAGGGUUAGGUUACAGCUUCAUGAUAUUGAGACUGCCACGCUCAGUCACAGCAUCGGGUUCGCAUCGCACCAAACAGAUGCGGUCGAGUAUCUGAAGCAGCCCUGGGAAUUGGAUUAUAAGGAGGAUGGAGUAAUAAGCGCCGUGUACACAGGCGACGAGCCCGCCUGGUCCAGCAACGUCAAGAGAGGCCUGUCCGCCAACUUCCAGCUCAAAACCAACACUAAUGGCGGCUACGCUGAAGAGGCAUGUCUGUACCGCACGUCCUGCGACGUCAAGUACGUGGUGCAAGGCUCCACCGUCAGGAAGUACCUCUCCGGCGCGGACCACUACUACAAGUCGUACCCGGACCGCUGGAGCUCCGUGCCGUGGAUGAUGGGCGACCAGCGAUAUGCGUUAGAAACUGUGACCACGGCAGAGCGAGUGUAUGAACUGAGUGCCAGGGGACUGAGCAGCGUGACCAUGAAUGGCGCCUUCAGAUACCGCACCAAUGGACACGUGCUCUCCGUGAAGACUGAAUUAGUCCUGCAGCACGAAUCUGACCAUCCACCGCAGCCUGUGGAGAAGCUGAACCUGACGAAGACCAGCUUGGAGUACCAGCCUGGUAGUUACGACGACUGGACCGGCGGCAUCAGGCAGACAUCACAGAGCGAACUGAAGAACAACACCUAUGAGAUUCUGCUCAAAAUUGCAAGAAAAGGCAUCGACGCUGACAACAUAGUCAGAAACCCAAAUCUCAUACACAGCUUGGACUUUGUUGAUCUGCUAAACACGAUAUCUCUGCUGUCGUACAAGUCCCUGGUGAAGCUGUUCGACGGACUACUCCUGGGCACCAGCUAUGACCUGGAGACGGCGCGGAACAUCUUCCUGGAGGUGCUGCCACACGCGCGCAGCGACGACUGCGUGCGCCUCAUCCGGCAUCUGGUGGUGGAGGAACGGGCAAAAAUUGAGCCUGCGACCAUCUUGUCCCUCAUCCGCAAGCUGCCUUUCAACGUGGACGUCAAGAGUCAGGGCCUCCUCGAAGAGUUGGAGACGUUCAGCAAGUUGAGCAUGGACUUCUCGCAGGACAUCCGCCACGCCGGUAUCCUGACCUUUGCGGUGCUGGUCUCCAAGGUGUACGGCGUCAAGCGGGAUUAUUUUGACAACAUCGUUGUCAAAUACUUCAGGAUGUAUAGCGAAUGCCCUCAAUACCUGGACCGCAUGAUAUGGCUGCAGGGCCUGUGCAACCUGGGCCACUCCGCCGCCUCCUACACCAGCACCAUCUACGGAGACAAGACACGGGACAGGCACGAGAGGCUCUGGGCUACUCUGGCCUGCAAUUGGAAUUAUAAUGGCGAAGAGAAGCUCCUCACGAUCCUGCUGGAUGAGGAUGAGCAUAUCCAGCUGCGGAUAGCGGCGCUCAACGAGAUGCUGUUCAGUAGCUACGUGGACGAGCGCCUGCUGUCCUUCGUGCACAGCUUCAUCUGCUCCUCGAGCAGCAAGGAGCUGCAGCGGUUCUGGUACACCACGGUGAAGAGUUUGGAGGGGAGUGAACACCCUCGAUAUACACCAUAUCUAAAAGAGCUCAUACCAUUUAUUACCAAGGAAGUGAAGAACCCUGACACAACAUACUGGGCGACCAAUAACUAUAUAGCCUCCAGCGGCAAGCAGGGUCCAUGGGUGCAGCUGAUCAGUGUGGGUGACACACCCACUCCCAGCCUCGCUGCCAUCACAGUGUCGAGCGCUGGCAGCCUGGUCUACACCGCAUCUGUAUAUGUAAUCGCUGAAGGGGUAACUUCCAACAUAUAUAAGAAGAUGUACAAUUUGAAGGUGGACGACGUGACGUCGGGCAAGUUGUUGAGACUGUUGGAGAAGAUGAAGAUGAAACUGAAGACACCGGAAGAGGUUCACAUCGAUCUGGUUGUAAAGAUCGGCAAACAUACGGUUUACGCCACCCACUUCAACCAAACGCGGUUUGAGAGUUACAGUGGAAAUGACGUGUUAAAAUCAUUAACGGAUUUCGUCCGUUUCGGGAGUCACAUCAACCAACAAGUGGUGUACUACCCCGUGCAGGGGUAUCUGCAUACACCGACUGAAUUAGGAACUCCGAUCCGACUGCAGACAUCAGUGGGUAUGUUCACGUCAAUUCGCGGCAACCUCACCUCCAGUCCUGACGACACGCAAGCGCUGGCCUGGGAGAACGACAUGCAUAUACGAUACCAAGGCACAACAGUGACGUCACUGGCGACAGCGGCGCCUCUCCUGCAGUCGCAGUACACGGCGCGCGCGCAGCACUCCAUGGUGGCGCAUUUACCCAUACAGUUCAACGUCACGCUGCAGCCGCUGGCGAAGUCUAUAGACUGGUCACUGGCGACAGCGGCGCCUCUCCUGCAGUCGCAGUACACGGCGCGCGCGCAGCACUCCAUGGUGGCGCAUUUACCCAUACAGUUCAACGUCACGCUGCAGCCGCUGGCGAAGUCUAUAGACUUGACCUGGCUCAACCCGUUCGCUCAGCGCGCUGGCGUGGCUCUUCACUCCAGGGUGCAAGUUGAGACACUAUCAUCUAGCGGGAAGGACACCUAUACCGUGUCUACUGGACAAGAAAAUGAUGUGGACGACACCGGGAUAUUCUUCGACUGCAAGAGGAAGACCACCGGCGCCGAGGUCAUCGAAAAAUACAUCAUGUCGAAAUUCAUGAGUUAUGAUAUCUUACCAAUCCAGCAAUCAGUAUUGAGUUCCAUUCAGAAGUUCUUCUCAUCCCCCGGCUGCGGCAUCAUCAUCCCCCCCACCAGGCCCGCCCAGGGGGACGACGAGAUCAUCAAAGUCAGCUUCAAUUUGGGAAACGUCAUUGUUUUUGAGAGAGUCGACCGUAUUGAGGCAAAUUUUGACUUCGUUUUGACUUAUUAUAGUCGAAACGAUCAAAACAAGGAGGAGUUCCUCAAGAUAGAUUCCAACACGAACAUAAAGUGUGCGGGCCGGAACGUCACGGUGGAGUCGUUCCUGUACGUCAAGCAACCUUACUCUCUGGAUCCCAAUAAACGAUUCUGGAAGUUGUGUUACUUCGAGAACGACAUAAGCCACGCCCACGCGGACCAGGACAUAGCAGUCCACCCGGCGUCUUACCACGGGCGCGCCGCCCUCCGCUACCGCUCCUCCGCCGCGCGCACCAGCUGCAGCGACCAGACCAACGCCAGCGCCAUCGUGCUGGACUACCGCGGCACGCCCAACGCUGUCAACGGAGACGUCGAGAGAUAUGUGGAGGUGAAGAUCAAGGGAGAAAAGCUGCAUCAGUUUGAUCUACUCCCAGCGCUGGGCAUCGCUGGCGGGACGCCGGUGGCGCAACUGUUGGGAAGUUUCGAGAAGGACACCAUCGAUACCACCACCAUAAUCAAGGAGAAGAACGGCAUAGCGUCGAUCAGCCUCAACGCGGGAGUGGCGGUGCAGGUCGACUCCGACAACUACGCCUGGCUGCUGGACAGCUGGACCGGCAUGCAGCUCAUGAAGAGGUUCGGCUUCUACCGUGAGUGCCGCCUCCACGGGGCGACAGUGCAGACGCUGUCAGGCGCGGUGGAGCAGCUGCCGGCGCUGCAGUGUGCUGAGAGUUUACUGCUGGCUGACUGCUCCGAGACACCCAGUUCCAGCUUCGUCAUUCUCCGGCAACAAAAUGGCGGCAUCAAACUGUAUGAAGGUUAUAGCAAUACUACGAGCACUAACCAUACUAAUUUGGAUACAGCCGAUAUAGGCCUACCAGUGGUAGAGAUCGGCGACGGAGUGAAGUUUGUGUCCGAGGCAUCCGGCAUUAUCGUGUACAAGCGGCCAUCGGAGACCGUCAUCCUGCUGCCUGCCUUCUACACCCAUAGCGCGUGCGGGGAGUGCGUCUCGCAGAACGCAAAGACAAACUGUUGAAUAUAGAUAUAAUUAUGUAUACAGGCAGAAGAUUUUUUUGGAGUGCGCAUUGUAUUUUGUACGUAAAUGAAAUUUCACAGUCACGUAUUUUUUUCAUUUUUAAAGUAAAACUUUUUACGCACAAAGCGCCAUCUGUAGUAAAACUGCUCAACUACGACACAACACAAGUGAGCGCAGCGCCAAAUCCGUUUGUCUUUCUCACGGAAUAAUUGUGAACUAACUAGUAGCAGCUUGUGAAGUAAAGCAAAUCCCACACGAGAGAUGGCGCUAAUAACCACUACUAUUUUAAUUGGAGAAUAAUGUAUCCAUUAUUUUGUUAUUUCUGAAGUCAAGUACUGAACAAUAUAUCGAUUCAAAAGUCCGAAAGAAAUUUUUCACUAUAUACAAAAAAGUAUCUUCCUGUAUAGGUACCUACUACUGGCCGCCUGCGUGUUUGUUCGCGUUGUCCAUAAAUUAUUAUUAUUUAAUUAUAUUCUAAGCAGCUUUCGCUCAUGCUCCUAUAUCGAUGUGCUUCUUAUUGCUUCAUAUAUUUAUCCAGCCGGUUCUUAACCGCAUUCAGUUAUUUUGCGGUUAACACAUUCACGGGCAAUUUUGAGCCAUUUUCCUCUAAAGGUAUUAAAAACAUCCGCUAGGGGCAGCACUGAGGGGGGUACAAAUGUGUUGAAUUUUCUAUAUCACCAUCAAUGCCAAGGACAUAGUGUUUUCAUUACAGUUUGCAAUUUAUGCUGCAAUUUCUGGUUUUUUUUAGGUACAUGAUCUUUCGUAAAUUCAAUUAUAAUUUAAUUGUUUUCUAUUACUGAGGAACUUUUUGAUGGCCGUAUGGGAAGCUUUGGCAUCUGAGUCUGUUAUUAAGGCCUCUCAAUACUUUUCUUGUGAAUAAUUUUAACUAGUCUACAUUUUAUAAUUGAAUUAUGUCACAUAAAUCCCAAUACGUUUUGUAUUGAGGACCUCAAUUUGAAUCCCGAAGCCCCAAUUGACCACUUUUUGCAGUCUUAAGCAAUGGCGGGUUAAUAAAUAGGGUAAAAAAAAACUCACUAUAUUACUUAGUUUUGUAUAUAUAAAUACUACAAAAUACUUGGAUUCGACGCAAAGUCACGCGUGUCGGCUAGUGGAAGAUAAUUUUAUAAAUGUUAAUUUAAAUAAGUAAUAAUGUAAAUAAAUUUCAUUUUAUAA